CCUGCCAGCCGGCCCCGAACCCUGGCGGGCGCGCUCCGCGGCUCCCGCAGGCGCCAGCAGGACGGAGGAGCCCUCCCGGCCGCCGGGCUCCGACCUGGGAAGCGGCGGGCCGGCUGAGAGCGAGCCUUUCCGUUGGCGGGGAGUUGCUUGUCCUGAGUCCUGGGCCCGCGACCUGACCGCUGCUCUCCCGCCCGCCCGGGAAAGUGUGCUGCGGCGGCGAGCACGGGGGAAGGGAGCCGGGUGGCAGGGACACCCGCCUCCCCGCGUGCCCUGUCCUCGGCCCCCGCGGUGCCUGGCGCAGUCACUGCCCAGCACACGGAAGGAGCGAUCUGACGGGUCCAGCACCACUGCCCCGGAGAAGUUUAAGGUGACUGGCUAAGGCGAAUGUAGAAAGUUCACUUCAGCAACCCAGUGAACCUCAGACAAAUUCUUCACAUAUAUCUGGUUUGAAUCUCCCCUAGGCUUCAGGCCAAGCCCCGAAUGGCUGGUCUCCAGUUGGCUCCUCAAUUGCCUGUGGGCGUUAUGUUCCCACAUAAUAAAACGGAAGCUCCAGGGCUCCACUCAGCCAAGCAAGACCCUUAUGAACAAGGUGACUCUUCCCAGCAGUCUUCCUCGGGGCACUUGAAGAGUUCUCAGCAGAAGCCUUUGAGCAAGAGAGAGCUGGAUAAUGUCUACACUCACCCCAAACGGAACACCUGCACAAAGGCCCGGAGCCGCUUCUCUUCCCAGUGUGCUGGAGUAAGCCAGAGAAACUCGGGAAGCAAUGCCCAGGGCCAAGGAAAGGGCUGCUUGUACUCUGCAAGCCCUCAGUCCGGGUAUCGCAAAGCAAAUGACCAGGACUUCAUCCCCUUUACAAAGAAACGAGUUGGGGUGGACCGGGCCUAUCCCUUGAAGCCCAUGGUCCACCGGAAAUCUCGUAGUACAGGGGAGGCUGGCACUGACAGGUACCAGAAUGUCUACCCAAGACCCCUUGAGCUGGGAGAGUUUUCAGACAGCAACUCUGGUUUGAGGAAGUGGGUGAGUUCAUCUGUUCUGGCCUCCAUGCAGCGGGAGGCCAUGGCAAACCUCCACAGGACCGAGCGGAUGCAGCUUCAAAGACUGGAAGCUGCAGGGGAGAGCUUAGAAGAGGAAAUUCGAAGAAAGGAGAUUCUCCUGAGGGAAAAGUUGAAGAAGACAGAGGAAGAACUCAGAAGGAUCCAGAGGGAAAAGGAACAGGCCAAAGAAAAUGAAGAGCGCGAGCUGCAGAGAAUGAUACAACUCAGAAGAGGUAAAGGCAGUAACAGCAACACCACAAACAAGCCUGUCUUUUCCCCAGAAUGUGGGACUGAAGAGGUGUUCAGUAGAGACUGGAGAGAGGAUGAGACUUGGGGACAGCCUCAGGAAAAUUCUAGUCCAAUCCAGCUCUCUGAUUAUAGAAUUCAGAGGCUCAAAAAGGAAAGGCUAGUGGCAAGCAAUAGCAAAAUCCGAGACGCAGCCUCCAGGCCAUUGGAGAAGUUCUUUCAGCCUUCGGAAGAAGCAGGCAGUCAUUUGCAGGGAUCCACCAGAAGUGCUCGCCUGUCCAGGGCACCAGAGUCCUCACGUUCCAGCGGCUGCACUGAAGAAGAGCCAGAGCUGGGCAAGUGCAGCCACUGUGGACGCACAUUUCUCUUGCUCAGGCUGGAGAGACACUCUGCCAUCUGCAGCAAGAUGCAGGGCUCCAGGAGGAAAGUGUUUAACUCCUCCAGAGCGCGGGCGAAGGGCACAGAACUAGAGCAGUACAUGAACUGGAAUGGGCCAGCCACAGUGAAGGCUGAACCUCCUCAGAAGAGCAACUGGAGACAGAAGCACGAAUCUUUCAUCCGUACCCUCCGUCAGGCACGAGAGAUCCAGCAAGUCAUUGCCAAAGGUGGAAACCCCUCAGACUUACCUCCCAUACUACCUGCAGAAAACCCAGACUAUGUUCAGUGUUCUCAUUGUAGCCGCCACUUUGCUCCCAAGGUCGCUGAGCGACACAUUCCCAAGUGUAAGACCAUCAGGAACCGUCCACCACCUCCAAGAAAGCACCAUAGUUGAGCAGACAAUAGCAAAAACCUCCUCCAGUAGUUUAGAAGGCUCUGCUUCUCUGCAGCAAUAAAUAGGACUAGAAUACUUUGGUAUAAAGCAGAGAAGAAACCUCCCAAAAUUUUACAUCACGCAGCUCUGCUAAAAUCGGGGAGAGAGCUAUAGCUAAGCAGCAGAACGCAGCAGGAAGCCCAGCUUCCCACUGAAUUACAACCUCGGCUGGUGUUUCUCAUUUUCAGGCCCUAGGAACUGAUGGGUGAAGACACUGAAUAGUGAACAGGCGACAUUAAAGCUCUUUCUCACAGGCGUGGCUGUGGUUUGUGCUGAAGUGCCUGCAUCUAGCUAUUUUUCUGCUCACAUGUGGCCACUUUCUGUUAACCCUUCAUGUUCUUGCAAGAAAUAGGAGAAUUGAGAGGAGUUGGGGUCAGAGGAUUGUGGUCACCCAGAUGGCAAUUCUUAUAAAAGACAAUACGAUUUUGCUUUAA